AUGGAUAACUCUGAAGCCAAUUGUGUGUUCUUCAAGAAACGCGCCCGUCAAACGAUACGGUCAAAGAAAGAAUCCUCGUCAAGUGAAGAGGAAAUUGAAGUCAAGCGAAGGGCUAAACGUCAAGAAUACAGUGGAUUGCAUCAACAGACACCGAACUUUUCCAAGAAAUCACGUGGAUUAUCCGAUGAUGAAGGGACCAAUGAAGUUGCAGUUGCUUACAAAGCUUCACGGUCAAUGGAGUCGCAUAUCAGUCGUGAGCACUGCGCGACGGCUACAUAUGAACUUGACGCAGAUCAUUCUUGCGAUGCCCAGGCUAUCUUCGAACGAGCCCAAAAGUUGAACAAGGAGCAGGGUUCCCAGAGGAGCAAAGUUUAUAUGGGUGUGAACAAUUACGCACAGUACAUUGAAAAGAAAGACACUGUACUUGGGAACGCAUCUAGCGGAUUCAAUCGGAAGGGUCCGAUGAGAGCGCCAACUAAUUUACGAGCAACGGUUCGGUGGGACUAUCAGCCAGAUAUCUGUAAGGAUUACAAAGAAACCGGAUUUUGUAGCUUUGGUGAUAGCUGCAAAUUUCUUCACGAUCGAUCAGACUAUAAACACGGCUGGCAAAUAGAGCAAGAAUUAAUGGAAGGAACGUAUGGCAUUGAAGGCAACGACAAUCGCUAUGAGAUUGGUCAUCAUUCCUCUGAAGAAGAGGCCCAGGACGAAGAUAUUCCUUUGCAAUGCCUUAUUUGUCGCAAGGAUUACAAAGACCCUGUGGUUACUACCUGCAGGCACUACUUUUGUGAAGAAUGUGCUUUGAAACGAUACAAAAAGACUGCUCGAUGUUAUGCAUGCACGGCAGAUACCAAAGGGUUUUUCAAAUUUGCCAAAGACUUGUUACCACGCUUGGCGGCCAUUCGCGCAAAAAGGAAGAAAGGAAAGGAUCAUUCCAGUGAUGAGGAGGAUGAUCAGAAUACAUCAUUUCACCGACCGGGACUCCCUCAUUCAAAUUCCGAUCACGCAAACCUCGAAGAAAGGGCCAGUAUCGAAGAUAUCAAAUCGUUGGUCAAACAAGCUCGCCUUCGUCUUCAUCCGGACAAGAACAGUCUCGACCUACAGAACCCCUCUCACCAAGACUUUCUGGCUCUUGAAAGGGCUUGGAAAAUACUACAAUGCCCCGAAACUCGCAAGGCUUAUGACAGUGCUUACUCUCGGCAUAACUUGCUUAAAGACUCAGCUGGACUGCCUGUUCAAGCGGACCUUCGGCUAGAUCAACUACAGUUCGAAUCCGAUAAUAGUGCGGAUUGUAGCACAUCUUUGCUCGGAGUGUACUGGACACAGUGUCGUACGCAUCAUAUAUCCCGAAGAGAGUUGAUUUUCACUCGUAUUAUGACAAAUAAAACUUGGAUUUUCCGUCCUUCCGUUGUUCUUCAGCUGUUUGCCAACGCCAGUAUCUUAAAAAACGUAGCUUUUGUUUUACUUUCUCUUCCAACUGUUUACGGCAGUUGUUCAAUGUUUGGACGAACCACGACAACUGGAAAUGAGCCUACGGACGAUGAAAUUGGUAUGGAACCGCCACCUUUUCAAGCUUCUAAUGCCGAUAAGGAAGCAACCAGAAAACGGAAGGCGUUGUUUCUUCGUCAAGUUUUGGUGAUUGCGGAUCGGUUCAGUCGAAAUCCAGUGUCUUUCACAAUGCUUGCUUCAGCGAUUCCUUGGCUUGAACGCGAACAGUACGAUAACAUCGCCGUGGAACGCAAUGCCAAUGGCAAUUGUGGCUACAUUCUCUGUCCCAAUCCACUGGGCGAUCAAAUCUCUCAAGUUUAUCGGAUAAACUCCAACACACGUCGCGUAUUCGACUUGACACAUCGGAAACAUUUCUGUUCUGAUUGGUGUUAUUCGGCCUCCUGUUACGUUAGAAAACAAAUCCCCACCGAACCUGGUUGGUGUCGUCCUCACGGAGGCAAAGGAGCUGUAAACUUGACCCUUCUGCCCAAACAUGCUCGAAGUAGUCCAGGCAAAUUGGUGCUAGAUGGUCUCAGACGAUUGCAUGUGUCAGUUCAAGAUGAACCAUUUGACAACGAGAGUGAUACUGAUCAAUCAGAUUCUAAAGCAUCCUCUGUGUCUGAUCCUUCCGAAUCGGAUGUCGUUAGUUCGUACAGUAGUGACUCUAGCGGCGUCAGUAAUCCGCCUUCUCCUUUAUCGGAUGGGGAUGCGCAGGAGAGGCGUCUAAUUUCCAAGAAGUCCAAAACCAGUAGAGCGGAAACUUCCUGGGGAGUUCGAAUCGAGGUACCUAAACACAACUUGGUAAUAGAACACUCGCCCUUGCCCAACUCAAGUGAGACCUCUGUUUCACAGCUGCAUACUCCUCAACCUGAUUAUCAUGAACAACUGGCUUCCCAAACAGUCUGUCCGAGUUUGUUCACCGCUGUAAGAGUGCGUCUACUCCAAUGGAUAACAAGCAAGGCUUUCCGCGUACUCACGGGCUCAAAAGUUCCCUUACCCAAUGAGUCUGUCGAAGCAGUCAGCCCCACUGCACUCAGUAAUGAAGCCUCCAGUUCACCUCCACCAGGCGUGCUGCCCUUGCUGGAGUCUGUCUCUGUGGAUACAAUGCGCCGCCAUCUGCUUAUGGAGGAACUGAUUCCAAGCGUAAAUGCUAUCCUUUCCAAGAUGCAUAUUUCCAGCCAACCGACGCUGUCCCUGUUGGAAAACGCGGUAACACAUUUUCGGUUAACAAACAGAAAUCUACACAUGAGCCGUGUAGAGCGGAGCUUGAUUUCGUUGGCUAUUUUACGUUUGAUGGCCCCGUCGAAUUCCCACCUUGCUCCGCUCACUGAUGCACAACUGGCGUCUAUCUUGGAAACGAUGACUACUGAGUCACGUGAAGAUUUCCUCAACAAUGUCAUCCAUCCAGUGUACAAACAUUUCGAUGAAACCUAGUUUUUGUACUGCAUAUGUUCUGCGGACGGUUCUGUAUAUAGUAAAUAAACUUCAAA